CCAAAGCAAGCCAGGUUGCGAUGGUUAUAAAGGUCUUACAUUUGGCGUGGUCAUAAAUCACUGCUCCUCGGUACUUCAUCUUCAUCCAGCACCCAUACAAUAUGAAGCCUCGCAAUUACGCCGAUCCUUUUGCACCAGCCCAUAUGGGUGUCAAGCGAUGCUUCUGCGGAAACCAGACGGUGGAAGAUCACGACUUCUGCUUUUGCUCUCCGGAGUGCGCUCGUGCGGAUGCCUUGCGCGCUCUGGGGGGAGACGACUGCCACUACCGGAAAGUCGUGCGGAAGGCGUAUGUCAGCUCCGGCGCUCCCGAGCCUGCCAUAUACAGGCGCAAGUCAGAAAACCACCUUCGUCGACUUCCAUUCGCGAAGCAGGCCAUCCUUCCUAGUAUCCCUCGUCUUCCCAAACCAGCGCAUCAACACAACCAACCAACUAUGGGCGGUCAGGAUGACAGAUGUGUCCGAAAUGAAAUGGUGUUCCCUACACUGGCUGAAGUGACGAGUGCCAUUCUUGCUCGAAAGGCAAAACAAACAGGCGAUCCCUCGACGAAACCUCCCCCAGUUACUGCUCAGAUAUCCCUUGAUGCUCUUCCACUCACCCCUUCCCAGCAAACCAGACCAAGUUUUGGUCAGGGCGCUCGUAAACCACCUUUGGCGCAGUUACACAGUGCGCCACCGCAAACUAUGCCACUCAAUGUAAAUAACAAGACUGUUACCCGCCGUAGGAGACAGGAAUCAAUCUUUCAGUCAAUGGCCGAAGAAUCGGGAACGGUGAAUCAUCGCACAAAAGAAAGUUCGAUGUCUCCACGUCCUCAGCGUCAAGCCCUUCCGAAUACGAUCGUUGCAACCCCUCGUUCGGGGAACAUUCACCGCUCGGCUUCGUUCGCAGAUUGUCAUAGCCCAGCGGAACGUAGCCGUCGUGCCCUAGAGGGGGGCGAAUCUCUCAUGCAAUUAUUCAAUCAGCUGGAGGACGUCCGAGACUGGAUCGAGAACUUCGAUGGAACACCGGACUCGGAUGCAUAGUAGCAUGAUGCAUGGUUGGAUUAGAUGUUGCCAGGGAAUUUGGAGGAUCUGACAGGCUGAGUCCUGAUAUGUGAUUAUGAUACUGUAUUUUUCAAGACUGUAUUUGCUUCGGGCCCAUUAGGCCACUUUAAAUACAUAAAUCUCAUCAGGUACACAUCGAAGUAGCAAGUUAGCAAUUAUUUGUUCAGACGUCC